CGGCGGCCGUUGGGCUGGUGCGCAGCACAGGGAGGCGGGGGUACACGCUGCGGCAACAGCGCAAGCGGAGGCGAGUCCUAGAACCGCCUGACAGACCGUUUAACCGAGCUCCCGUUGCGCUAGCGAGCCGCGUGCGCCCUAGGGGUGACCAUGGAGGGCAGUAAGCGAACCGGUUCUCUCUCUGGCCCUGCGAAACGCCGGGAUCAGGCCGGGGAGGCACAGAUGAGAGAAAAGGAGCAGUUUCGCAAACUGUUCAUUGGUGGCUUGAGCUUUGAAACAACAGAAGAAAGUUUGAGAAACUACUAUGAGCAAUGGGGGAAACUUACAGACUGUGUGGUGAUGAGGGAUCCUGCAAGCAAACGAUCGAGAGGAUUUGGUUUUGUAACAUUCUCCUCCAUGGCCGAAGUUGAUGCAGCCAUGGCUGCAAGACCUCACUCAAUUGAUGGAAGGGUAGUUGAGCCAAAACGAGCAGUAGCCAGAGAGGAAUCUGGAAAACCAGGUGCUCAUGUUACUGUGAAAAAGCUGUUUGUUGGUGGAAUUAAGGAAGAUACUGAGGAACACCACCUUCGAGACUACUUUGAGGAAUAUGGGAAAAUUGACACUAUUGAAAUAAUUACAGAUAGACAAUCUGGUAAAAAGAGAGGUUUUGGCUUUGUUACGUUUGAUGACCAUGAUCCUGUGGAUAAAAUUGUAUUGCAGAAAUACCACACCAUCAAUGGCCAUAAUGCAGAAGUAAGAAAAGCUUUAUCUAGACAAGAAAUGCAAGAAGUUCAAAGUUCUCGGAGUGGAAGAGGAGGUAACUUCGGCUUUGGGGAUUCGCGUGGAGGUGGUGGCAACUUUGGUCCAGGACCAGGAAGCAACUUCAGAGGUGGAUCUGAUGGAUAUGGAAGUGGUCGUGGAUUUGGUGAUGGAUACAAUGGAUAUGGUGGAGGACCAGGAGGUGGCAAUUUUGGAGGUAGUCCUGGUUAUGGAGGAGGAAGAGGAGGAUAUGGUGGUGGAGGACCUGGAUAUGGCAACCAGGGUGGGGGCUACGGAGGUGGUUAUGACAACUAUGGAGGAGGCAAUUAUGGAAGUGGAAACUACAAUGAUUUUGGAAACUAUAACCAACAGCCCUCAAACUAUGGUCCAAUGAAGAGUGGAAAUUUUGGUGGUAGCAGGAACAUGGGGGGACCAUAUGGUGGAGGAAACUAUGGUCCAGGAGGCAGUGGAGGAAGUGGUGGAUAUGGAGGGAGGAGCCGUUACUGAGCUUCUGCAAACUUGCCAUGGGCUUCACUGUAUAAAUAGGAGAGGAUGAGAGCCCAGAGGUAACAGAACAGCUUCAGGUUAUCGAAAUAACAAUGUUAAGGAAACACUUACUCAGUCAUGCAUAAAUAUGCAGUGAUAUGGCAGAAGACACCAGAGCAGAUGCAGAGAGCCAUUUUGUGAAUGGAUUGGAUUAUUUAAUAACAUUACCUUACUGUGGAGGAAGGAUUGUAAAAAUGCCUUUGAGACAGUUUCUUAGCUUUUUAAUUGUUGUUUCUUUCUAGUGGUCUUUGUAAGAGUGUAGAAGCAUUCCUUUGAUAAUGUUAAAUUUGUAAGUUUCAGGUGACAUGUGAAACCUUUUUUAAGAUUUUUCUCAAAGUUUUGAAAAACUAUUAGCCAGGAUCAUGGUGUAAUAAGACAUAACGUUUUCCUUUUAAAAAAUUUAAGUGCGUGUGUAGAGUUAAGAAGCUGUUGUACAUUUGAUUUAAUAAAAUAAUUCUAAAGGAAAUACUGUGUAAUUAUAGAUUUUUUUUU